AUGCAAGAACUUACUUCCACAUUCUUCUCUCGUUCCCUUGUCCCGAGGCUCCCUACCAGUUCUCCGCGGCUGCAACCACGAUCAGUUGUUCCCAUGACUGUUUGCAUGGACCAGUCACGCAAGGAGAAAGUGGUUAUCAUAAUGGGAGCCACCGGGACAGGCAAGUCACGCCUCUCAGUUGAUCUUGCAACCCGUUUCUCGGGCGAGAUCAUCAAUUCAGACAAAAUACAACUCUAUAAUGGAUUGGAGAUAGCCACGAAUCAAAUCACUAUCCAUGAGCGGUGCGGAGUUCCCCACCAUCUACUCGGUGUGAUCCCUCUUGAUGAAGGUGAACUAACUGCCUCCAAAUUCCGUUCUUUGGCUUCACAGUCGAUCUCUGAGAUAACCUCUCGUGGGAAACUCCCAGUAAUAGUUGGAGGAUCCAACUCCUUUAUUCAUGCCCUCCUCGUCGAGCAUUUCGAUCCGGAAACCAAUCCAUUCUCUUCUAAGCCGUCAAUUUCUUCUGAGUUAAGGUACGACUGCUGCUUCCUCUGGGUGGAUGUCUCGGUCUCCGUUCUGUUCCACUACCUCUCAAAACGUGUCGACCAGAUGCUGGAGUCAGGGAUGUUCGAAGAGCUCGCCAGUUUCUACAACCCAAGACAUUCUGGGUCGACCACGACCCGAACCGGGAUUCACAAGACCAUAGGACUACCUGAGUUCGACCGGUACUUCCAACUCUACCCACCGGAGAAAAAUGCCAAGGUUGGCGAGUGGGACCCGGCGAGAAAGGCGGCGUACGAGGAAGCAGUGCAGGAGAUCAAAGAGAACACGUGGCAGCUUGCAAAGAAGCAGAUAGCGAGGAUCAUGAAGCUGAGAAGCAGUGGCUGGGAGAUCCACAGGUUGGACGCUACGGCGUCGUUUAGAUCAUCAAGAGAGGUUUGGGACAUGACCGUUUUGGUGGAAAGCAUCAAGAUUGUGAAAAGCUUCUUGCUCAAAGACUAA